AUGGGAAUGGCAAGCAAAGCAGGGGAUUGGGCCUUCAAGGCUUUCACGGCGGGCCUUGGCGUCGCCACCAUUUACCUCGCCGCCACCUUCUCCGUCAACGUCUACCGCGGCCUCGCUUGGCACAACGCCCAAUCGGUAACCCCCAAACUCCAUAUUAAUCUGCAAAAAAUUUCCAUGAGCCCUGAUUGGGAACUGGACUGUGACCUCCAGCUCCAUUGGGAUUAA